UGUGUGUGUGUGUGUGUGUGUGUGUGUGUGUGUGUGUGUGUGUAUGUACGGUUAAGGCUAUUUCCUGGUGAAUAAUUGCUACAACUCCUCGAGACCCAAGUUCCUGUGUCUUGCUUGUCACCUUGGGAUUAAAAGAAGAGGGUUAAAAAUAUUCUGUCUAAAUUCUUAUUGUCGGUUAAACGGUUAAUUAUUGACACCCUUAAAACUAAUCUCAGCCUUCGUCUCUGUGAGCCUAGUAGUCAUCAAGGCAGUGUUUGAUCUAAACUUGAAACAGCCCAAGGUUAACGGCAGAGCCUGCAGUGGUUUAUUCAGCCCUAAGCUGCUCGUGAAAUGGCAGUGAAUGAGAACGCCACACUGGCGAGGGCCCAAAUCCCUCUGUAAUUAUAAUCACACCCUCCUCGUCUCUGGGUCAGACUGGAGUCCUGUCAGCGUUUUGUUUUCUGCUCUGGUCCUGGGCUGUCCAGACCGCUUUAAUACCCCCCUCACACUCUCCUCUUUACACCAACGUGUUCACUGUGGGCCGCGCCAUUCUCCCAUUCAGCUGCCUGAAUGACGAUGCUGCUGCAUACUGGCUAACUGCUGACUAAUGAUGGACCUCUCGCUGGCCUCAGCUGAGCAUUGCAGCGGUGGGUCGGAAAACGAUACCCGUCGACACUGUGCUCUUACCUCGCAUCAGCAGAAGUCAGAGGUAUUUGAAGAAUAAAAUGUUGGAUUCCUCUUGAGAAGUGUAGUCUUCUUAUUCGUGAUAGUUUGAGAGUGACAUGUGCCCCGCUGUCUAAAGAUUUAACCAUGUUAAUGGUGGUAGUAUUUAUACAUUUUUAAUAUUAAAAGCUUGAUGAUUCAUUGGAUAUUUAUCAUAGUCCCACAAAAUAACUAGAGAUGCACCGAAUGCAGUUUUCUUUCUGGCUAGAGGAAGAUCACCAGGGAGCUGAAAAUCUUCUUGCUGUUGGCUAUAUUGUAUGACGGUUCAAGUAAAUAACGCAAUAUAAAACUUGUAUUUUAAAAGGACAAAAGUAGUACAAAGCUGGCUAGUACUAUCCGAGUACUCACCCAUCGUUUGGUUAGGUCUCCAGUACGAUGUCGAGUGUGGGUCACCACCAGUAGAACUCCUGUUCGCUGUGUGAAUAACUGCAAUACUUAAAAAGCGAACCAAAACAAUUAUGCAUGUGCUUUUAUAGAUCGUAGUAAAGUUGUGACAGGAUGCAUAUUGAGUAAACAGGGCUGUCUCAUUCAUUCAUUCACACAACUUAACAGUGACUCGUGUGUCAAUGAUCACUGUAAGGGAAUGAUUAUCAACACCAAACUUUAUUUUUCUUUUAUAUGUAUUACACGACUAUAAAAUAGUAAACAAACAACGUAGCUAUUUACUGGCUUGUAGCCAAUUAUUUAGCCUUUUCCAUCACAAAGGGCUGUUUUGGGAUAAGGCAUGUGAGGCCCUCGUCGUGGUGGGGCAGAUCUGGUUGAGGAUCGGCAGAGGUUCACUUUGGGGGCAUUGUGUGACGAGGGCGGCUUGACAACCACAGGUGCUUUCCCUGUGCGCGUAGGUUUUCCCCAUCAUGGUUUUAAUGUGCAUGUAGCACCAGCCUCAGAUAAGCAGACGGGUUUCCGCGACGCAAAGUAUCAAGAGAGUAAAGAAAAAACAUUCAUUUAAUCAACGUUAAUCUACCGUCCUUUGAAUAACGAUCCAUAUGUUGUAGAGAGAGAGAGAGAGAGAGAGAGAGAGAGAGAGAGAGAGAGAGAGAAUUGAAAGUACACGAGAAAGGGGAUGUUGUCACUCAAAAGUGGAUCAUCAUGUGAUGAGAUAACUGAUGUGCCAUUGUCGGCUUCGUGUUCAACUGAGUGUUAAACUUUCUCCAGUUACAGCAACAUGCAGGGGGGACGUCCUCCUCUCAGAAGCUUAAGAGUCCCUAAACCCAUGAUUCAUGGUGCUUUCUCUAGUUGUUUCCUACCUGUUUUUUUUAAAUUUAUUUUUUAGGGUCUGACUUAAGAAGUGAAAUGGAAAUUUCAUUAGAAAUCCCUGAUUACUGUUCCACUCAACGCACAUCCUGAAUCACAGCGGAGUUGCACUUUGCAGCAGUGCUGCUCCUCUCCUCUCUGGGUUUAACUGAUUCUUCUCUUCUUGGCUCUUGACGUUUGUCUCUGAGGAAAAUCUAAUCGGAACUGUAUUUAAACACGCCUCCUGUUCUUGCCACAGCCUGUUCACACCAAGUCCAAAGAAACACUCGGGCCGGUCGUCCACCCAGACAUCCAACAAUCCUUCUCAUUGCUGCUGUUUUCUGCGUCCAGGUGCAUGAUGAUCCUACUGUGCUGUAGCUGUCGCAGCUAGUCAGGUGCCGCACCAUGGCCAAACCUGGGAGCGACAGAGAUGGAGCCAUGGUGGAUAAACAGGCGGGGAAGAAGAGCAAAGACAAGUUGUCCCCUUUCACCAAAACUCCGAAGCUGGACCGGAGUGAAUUGCUGGGGAAAGAAGGGAAAGCCAAGUCUUCCAUGAAGCGCAAGCUCUCCUUCACUGCCAGUCCGCUCAGGACCGAGGAGCGAGACUCAGACACCGAUGACUCAGACCCAGGCCAGUCGAGUGAGACCUGGGGAGAGAGAUUAGUGCCUCCCUGCAGGAUAUACGCAGAUAAAGAUGGACCAGAGAAGAAGAAGGUGAAAAAGGAGUCUGGGGGCAAGAAGUCUCAGGCUCCCAACCUUUUGUUUGGGUAUCCUCUGUCGGAGCGUAAACAGAUGGCUCUCCUGAUGCAGAUGACUGCCAACAGUCCAGACUCUACUCCCAGUCACCCCUCACAAACGACCCCUGUGCAGAAGAAAGUCCCCAGCAGUGCCUCGUCUCGACAGAAGGACAAGGUCAACAAGAGGAACGAGAGAGGGGAGACUCCCCUUCACAUGGCCGCCAUCAGGGGAGACGCCAAGCAAGUUAAAGAGCUCAUUAGCCUGGGAGCCGACGUCAACGUCAAAGACUUUGCAGGUUGGACUCCUCUUCAUGAAGCCUGUAAUCUCGGUUACUACGACGUGGCCAAGGUCUUAAUAGCAGCCGGUGCAGAAGUGAACACGCAGGGUCUGGAUGACGACACGCCACUCCACGAUGCCUCUAGCAGCGGCCAUAAAGAUAUUGUGAAACUGCUGCUACGCCACGGCGGUAACGCCUUCCAGGCCAACAAGCGCGGCGAGCGGCCCGUGGAUGUGUCGGACUCUCAGGAGCUGGAGCAGCUAUUAAAGGGAGAGGUGCCACUGUCGGACCAAGAUGACACCUCUUCAGAGUCUGAAGACCCGCUGUCCAUCAAUCCAUCCAGUGUAGAUGACAACUUGGAAGACUCCGAUACUGAAAAGGACUCUGAAGGCAAACCGGCCACGAAAGCGUCAUCGUCUGUUCCGGGGCUGGACGAGUACGAGUUCAAGGACGAGGAAGAGGAGGAGGAUGUCAGUAAAGCCCUGAACGACAGACACGUUCUCCGGAGGGAACUCCGGCAGCGUGAGAAGGAGGAAAAAGAUAGGAAUCAUGUGGCAGGAAAGCAGGCUGGAAAAGGGGAUUCCACCUCAAAGUCCAAAAAGCAGAAGGCUUCUCGUGUCCACUGCAGCUCGGAUACCUCCAGCGACGAAAUGGAGAGCCUUCCAGAGAAAAGGAGUUCCCCCACUUGCUCUCAGAGCUCAGAGAGCCUCAAGGCAGACACAAGGCCUAAAAAGGAGAAUGCGGAGCAAAAAGACAAGGGCAAAGUCAAGAAGAAGAGCAAAAGCCAGAAUAAGAACAAGGAAAACCAAGAGGACGGGAAAGAGAACAGCAAAACGUUGGUCCUCUCUCUCGCAACCGUGUCCGAGAGCACGGAGAAGGGACGGGAAGAAGACUCGUUCAAGAUGUCUUUCAGUCCUAAAGAUGACUCAUCCGUCCACCUCUUCCAUUUAUCGUCCAUAAAAUCUCCAAAACUGAACCACAGCCUGACGGAUAAACAAACGCCACUCAAACAGGAAAAUACGAAGAUGUGCAUUUCUAUCAAUGACGGCUCAUGUCCGGUGGACGCUGUCAAAUACAACCACUACGCAGAGGCAGACUACUGCACUGAGGGCUCCAGCACCAAGGGGUGUAAGCACAAGGAAAAGAGCAAGCAUCAGCAGAAAGACUCCAGCGGAGACGGGGACGAUGGCCAUUUGAGUCCCGACAAAGACGGUAGCGUAGGAAACAGCGUAGACAGCUCUGAAGGUGCCUUACGGAAGACCGACUUAGACGGCAAAGUGGUGAAGAAGCAUAAGCUCAAACAUAAGGAGAAAGACAAACACAGGAGGGAAUACGAGGCAGAACGCAGCCGCCACCGGCAGAAGGAGGCCAGGAAAGAAGGCCACAGGAAUUUGGAGUUUGACCGAGAGUUCUGGAAAGAGAAUUUUUUCAAAAGCGAUGAGACGGAUGAACAUCUGCCAGUGAAGAAGGAAGGUGAAGACAAUAGUUCACUUCAGAAGACCUCUGAGUCAUCUCCUGUCAAAGAUGAGAGAAACACGAAGGAGAAACACCCGAGCGGCAAGGAGAAGAGGCCGAGAGAGGAGCGAGAAAAAGACAAGGCGGUGGAAAAAGACAAGGCGGUGAAAAAAGAGCGGAAGGAGGCUGUUGGUAAGGAGGAGAAGGUGAAGGAUUCAAAGCCGAGUGAGCGUGACGAGAGAGCGGACGGCCUCGGCUCAGGGCGGAUUCCUGACGAUUCGCUGCAGAGCAACAGCAUGAAAGAGGAGACGGAAGAGAAACCCAUAAGUGGGAUCACAGCUGAUCAAGAACAGCUGGAGCUGUCUGAAAAAGCCUCACGCGAUAAAACUGACAAGAGGCUCCCAGGAAAAGAGAAGGAUUCCGAGAAACUGGAGAAAAGGCACCCUGACAAGGAAAAAAAGGUUAAAACGGAGCACGCUGACAAAGCUGAAGUACAGAACUCGGUGGAUCGUUGGAAGGAAAAAGAAAGAACAGGAACCAUUUCUUCCCACUCGCCUGGAGAUAAAAACUACAAAGAGAAUGAGAAACUGAAAUCUAUAUCCACAACCAAAAAGCAUGAGGACAGCAGGAAAAAUAAAGAUAAGUUCGACAAGCGGUCUGAUAGGGAGAGGCAGGACAGAGAAUAUAGCGUCGGGGAUCACAGAGAAAAGGAACGCACCAACUCCGAUAGGAAAGGAAAACCUCUCGAGAAGACCGCGGAUCACGGUAAAUCUGAUCGUUCAAAAGAAAAGGACUGUGACCGGAAAAAGAGAGACAAAAUAAAAGAUGGGACUCUUUCCUCAAGCUCCAAUCUGAAGUUACUGUUGGAAGAGAAGAAGAGCUAUCUGUCCGAGAGCGGCAAGUCCUUAUCUGCAAAAUCCAAGGAGGAAGUUGGGAGAACACCAGAGAAGGACCGCGACCGUAGAGACCGGGACAGAGACUCGGAUAAACACAAGGACAAGGAGCGGCACAAAGACCGCUCCCAGCAGGCCAAAGUCAGCAAGCCCAAAGCCAACGAGACGGAUGCAGACAAGGCCAAGUCAAAAGCCUCGCCAGCAACACGAGACGCCAAGCCCAAAGAGAAAAGGCUUGUGAACGAUGACUUGAUGCAGACCAGCUUUGAGCGCAUGCUCAGCCUGAAGGACCAGGAGAUCGAGCAGUGGCAUCGCAAACACCUGGAGAAAAUCAAACAAAAAGAGCGGGAAAGGCUGAAACAGCGGCCUCUGGCAGAUCCAGGGAAGUCCAAGCCUAAAGACCGAACAAAGACCGAACCGUGCCUGAGUAAGGAGCUCAUGCGCUCAAAAAGCUCUGAAGCCUCUGAUGUCCAAAGCCGGGAUAAAUCCCUGAAGGACAGUGCCAGCCCCAGAACGAUGUCGCUCGAUGGGAAGAGUCUGCCUUCCAUCAGCGCAAAGGUCAUGUCGGCCGUGGAAAACUGUCUGACCAGAUCACCCCGACCAGAGAGUGAGCGCGGCGGCUUCAUGUCCAGGUCGGUGUCCUUGGUUUCUGUCGCCAGCUCGGAGGAUUCGUGCCAGGCGACGACAUUAACACCCAGACACGUCGAAUACGACUCCGACAUGAACCUGGAAACCUCAGACUCUCAGCCUGCGUUUCUCCAGUCUUCCCUCGUAAUUCAAGCCACCAGAUCGCCGUCGGUCCACGAUAAAGAUUGCAACAGUCUUCCAGAUGUGCCGCAGAGUAAUCGGACACCGCUGCCCAGCCGACACGAAUCUCCGUACCUCAGGGCUAUUCUGGACGAGGAUGCCAACUCAUCGGCUGAAGGUAAACCUGUUGAAAACCAGCCGAAACCCAGCCAGCCUGCCGAAGAGCUGGGAACAAGGGAGGCCUCGGCAGACACAGAAGAGAGCCUCAACAGUCAACAACAAUGUAUGAAUUCAGUUUCUGAUCCAGCGAUAGAGAGAGAAGGCAGCCCUCCUGUACUUUUAACAGCACAAAUGUUAAACAAAGAUCCUCCGAGUAAAAGCCUGACACUUCCAGAGUGCAGCAUCUCUCAAACGGAGUCAACAGAACAGAAAACUCUUCCCUCCUCUGACCCUCCUGUCGAGCAGGACAUCCAGUGUCCGACAGAGAAUUCCCAGGCAGAGUGUAGUAACACGGAGUCGGAUCGACCAUCGACGCCUACAGCUUGUCUGUCUGCAGAGCCGUCGGAGCUCACAAACGCAAAAACCCUCCAGCAGAGGGAACCGCUCACCGUCUGUGGUGUGGAGAGCGUGCAGCAAACGGAAUCGGGUACCACACGUGUUUCCGACCUUAAAGAUGAACCUCUCGAGAGUGCUGAUGGAGCAGACGAAGAGAGUAUGGAAACGGAGAGCUUCAGAACCGAGGGCGGGGGAAGUCCUGUGCCCUCCACCAGUUCGCACAUUCCCAGCUCCACAGCGGGGGAGACUUUGCCCGGCUUCAGCCAAACAAUCGCCGAGUCUAAAUGUUUCCAAGAGGAUACGGAUGUAAAUGACCCGGACUGCAAUAGCUCAAGACUUCAUGGUGACGCUGCUGCUGCUCCAUGUCUCGAUGUGGAGACGGAGAAAAAGGACGGUACACCUCCGAUGUCAUGCGAUAGUGUGAGCCCUGAACACAAGGCCGAAGAGAUGACCGACGUCCCACAGAGCUCAGAGAUGGACAGCAGCGCUGCCGUUUCUGUUAUAACGGAGUGUCCAUCGGCUGAGUACAGCACGGCCACAGAGGGCUCUUCUGAAUCUACAGCAGACACCAGCUCGGAGCCGAUGGAGGUGACGCCUGCCGACGAGCAACCAGAGUCGUCUUUAGCUGGAGAAGAGCAAAGUCAGAGCACCGUCCAAUCGGCAAUUCAGACCGACAGCAACAGCAACAGCAGCAGCGGUAGCAGCAGCGGUAGCAGCGGUAGCAGUGGUAGCAGCGGUAGCAGCAGCAGCAGCAGCAGCAGCAGCACCUGCAGCGCCUCAGGGAGCUGCUCUCCACAAUCUGGAGACCGGGAUUCAGAUUCUUCCGGGGCUCGGGUCAAGGUUCGCUCUGCAGACGAGGAUGCGGACGUCCACGUUUCCCACCCGCGCAAGAGGAAGAUGCCUAGAGCGUCGGGCUCCCAGCCGUACUCCGUGACUCAGCAGGACAAGGAGCGAGGCCAGCAGUCUCUGGCUGCCAUCGUGGACUCCGUAAAGCUGGAGGAGAUUCAGCCCUACCAGACCGAGAGGGCCAACCCGUACUACGAGUUCCUGCACAUCCGGAAGAAGAUCGAGGAGAAGCGCAAAGUCUUGUGCAGCGUAAUCCCACAGCCACCUCAGUAUUAUGAUGAAUAUGUGACAUUCAACGGCUCCUACCUCUUAGAUGGAAACCCGCUCAGCAAGAUCUGCAUACCAACAAUAACUCCGCCUCCAUCAUUACCUGAGCAGCUGAAAGAGAUGUUCAAACAACAAGAGGUGGUCCGCAUGAAGCUACGACUACAACACAGCAUUGAAAGGGAAAAACUGAUUGUUUCAAAUGAACAGGAAGUCUUACGCGUCCAUUACCGGGCAGCAAGAACACUAGCCAAUCAGACGCUGCCGUUCAGUGCCUGUACAGUUUUAUUGGAUGCUGAAGUGUACAACAUGCCUCAAGACGUCCAGAAUGACGACGGCAAAACGUCAGUCAGAGACCGAUUCAACGCCAGGCAGUUCAUGUCCUGGUUACAAGAUGUCGAUGACAAGUUUGACAAACUGAAGACGUGUCUUCUGAUGAGGCAGCAGCACGAGGCGGCGGCCCUGAACGCCGUGCAGCGUCUGGAGUGGCAGCUCAAGCUGCAGGAGCUGGACCUGGCCACCUACAAGUCCACCAGCAUCUUCGAGAUUCCAGAGUUCUACAUCCCACUGGUGGAGGUCAACGACGACUUCGACCUCACCCCGAUAUGAGCUCUUGGACAGACGUGCUUCGCCACGGCGUCCGCCGCAUCACGGACACGAGAGGCAGCCCGCACAUUCGAAGAAAAGGAAAUGAAAAUGUGAAGCACUUAGAAUGUGGCGGUAGUAAAAAAAAAAAAAAGUGAUGAUUUGACUCCAGCAAACUUACAGUCCAGACCGGCGCGCCCACCACGAGGACGGGGAAGGAAGGCCGACUGUUCCUCGUGGAGAACGAGGGGUCCAGGCCACAGGUGAAGCCCAGGGAGCAGAGACCAAAAGCUGGGGCGGGACGGCAGUGUGGACGACAACCACCUGCUCCUCAUCGACACACAACUGAGAGUUCAAUUGUUUUCAAAGUGAGUGUUCAUACAUUGUGUACAGACUGUGCUCUUAAUUUUUUAACUUAUUUUAUACAUAAAACAAUUGUGCAUUUGUAAAUAGCCAUGUAAUUAUUGUUUUAAACUUGUAAAAACAAAAAAUAAUAGAUAUUUUGAUUGUAAACUUGUUCUGUCUCAUGUUUUAAUGGACCAAAGUUGGUUUUUAUAUCAAGCGUCCUCUUCGUCCGUGAUGUUCUUGUUGUUGUUGGCUUAAAAUCUUAAGCAUGUGUUUGCUUCUGUUGUGUUUUUUGUUUUUACCGUUUCUUCCUUCCUCACCUGGAGUUCCACGCCACAGCUGGUGUUUUUUGACUUUGGCAAUUAAAUGCUGUGCAUGCGUUGCGUUGUUUGUACUUUUUUCCCCAAAAAGCUGUACUGUGUACUUAAUUGUGAGGUUUACUGACGUGCUCCAGCUUUUUAUUUUUUUUUUCUUCUUCUUUUGCGCCAUUGUGUUCUGUCCCUCUCUGCGGCCUCACUCCUCAUGUGUUGUCCAUUGUGUCUCGAGCACAUUAAAGUCUGUUGUGGCUUCCAAGGGGAAAAAAAACAUACUUUUACAGUUUCAAUGUGAGAUCACAACAAAACCUAUUUUUUCAACAUAAUGCCUUUUUGAACGAUAGUUCUAAAAAAUGUCUAUUUUAAUAUUUACUUGUUACAUGACAUGUACAUAUUUGUAAUAUAUAAUUGAAUAAAUUUUAUUUGUUGUGAAAUUAA